GUUGUCCAACCAGCUACAGUUGAAAAAAUCAAAAUUCCCAAUAGCAGUUUCGGGAAUUGGUGACUCAGGUAUAACAGUUGAAUAUACCAUCGAUGUUACCAUCAAAUCUAUCCACAACGACUACACGAACACUAUUACGGCGUCCAUUAUUCCAACCAUUACUGAGCGGCAGCCAAACACAACUUUCAGCACAUCUCAAUGGAACAUACCAGAUAAUAUCAAAUUGGCCGAUCCAUCAUUCAAUACGUCUCGUCGAAUUGACCUCUUAAUUGGAGCCAGUAUAUUUUUUGAUUUAUUGUGUGUUGGCCAAUUACGUCUAAAGGAACCAACACACAUUUUGCAAAAGACACGUCUUGGCUGGAUCGUCUCUGGCGGUAAACAAGGCUCCAUCAUGAACUCGUCGUGUGCGGUGGCAUCAAAGCUCGUCGAAAGCAACGAACCGCAUAAAUCUCUUGACCAACUGGUGCGUGGUUUUUGGGAGACAGAAAAUUGUCUUGAAGGAACUACGAAGGUAAAGAAAGAAGAAUUUAAUUGUGAAAUGCACUUCCAGGCAAACUACUGUCGUUUGGAUACUGGUGAGUAUUCAGUCCGCCUUCCUGUCAAGCAGGGCAUAAACUUGCUUGGUGACUCAUACCAACAUGCCUUGCGACGACUGAUCUCUCUGGAACGACGUUUGCAACGAAACGACAACGUUAGGUCCUCAGGCACUGCUUGCAACAAUACGGUUACAAUAUUGGGCAAUAGGAGCUCGAAAAACGAUAGCACAGGUCGUCAACAAAUGCAUCAUAUGCUUUCGUGCCAAACCCAAAUUGAUGGAGCAAAUAAUGGCGGAACGAGUACAACCGGCUAG